ACCCGGUAGCGCGUUAAUUUCUAACCGCGAUCGUACAGCAUCAGCCUCACAGUCGGCAUUGAGCAUCGAAAGUGCUCAGAUCAAGUUUUAUCAAGUGUCACAAAAUGAAGUUCAUUCCGUUGAUGUGCGUAUGGUUAGGCUUUGCGUUCGCUUUCGAUGACAAUGACGAAUUCUCCUCCAACAAUGCCCUGUAUCGGUGCGGCAUUCCAAAACCUUUCGGGGAGCAGUACAUUCACCGGGGCUGGGUUGCUGAACUGGGCCAGUGGCCCUGGCAUGUGGCCAUGUUCCACGAAGAAAAGGGAUCCUGGGAGUACAAAUGUGGUGGGACGUUGAUCGAUCAACGCCAUGUGCUAACCGCUGCCCAUUGCGUAGUUCUUCCGAAUGGGAAGCCGAUGGAUGCCGGCAGGAUCCGAUUGGAAUUUGGACAGCAUGAGCUGUAUCGGUAUCCGGAUCAGGUACAGGCCCGGAAUAUUAGUGAGGUUCACGUUCAUCAGGAGUAUUCCCGGAAUAGGAACGACAUCGCAUUGCUAGUGUUGGAUAAGGCCGUACGCUACUCUGAGUUUGUGAUUCCAAUUUGUCUGGAAGAUGCCCGGCGAGGUUUGCAGGGUGAUCUGGUGGGUGAUCGUGGUUGGGUUCCAGGAUGGGGAGGGCAUGAGAAUGGUUCCACUUCUUUGACUCUGUUCACGGCUCGGAUGCCGGUUGUCAGCAAUACAGAUUGUAUCGAGAGUGAUCCAAAUUUAUUCGGGCGGUUCAUCACCGAUGCCGUUUAUUGUGCCGGGGAUCGCAAUAAAACCAGUGUGUGUCUCGGUGAUAGCGGGGGUGGAAUGUACUUCAACACCGGAGAUCAUUACGAGCUGAGGGGCAUCGUGUCGUUUUCCGGAAAAACACCAGAGGGUAGUUGUGAUGUGGAUAAAUUUGCCGUAUUCACCAAUGUGGCGCAUUUCUAUCCCUGGAUCAGCCGGUUGACACGGAAUGAGAUAGAACUGUAUGAUAAUGUUCCCCGAAGUAUAAGUGAACAAAAAUGUAUCGAGUAUGCUAAACUGGCUGAAAAACGGAAUAACGGAGUUUGUUAUAAUUCACGAUCACCCCAUACAGUAUCCGUAUUGUACAACGACAGGAUUGUAAGCACCGGAGUUCUAAUCAGCGAAAAAUUCAUCAUAACAUCGUUCAAUCACAUGUACAGAAAUUACAAACGCAUCCAGCGUUCUUCGACCCUCCCCGAAGGACUGACUGCCCAGUACAUCCAGAUUCGCGUCGGUCACGACCUGUUUCUGACGGCCAAGGGAAUGUAUCGACAUCCGAGUUUUGUCAACAUUUUCCGGGCCGUGGAUUUGUUCCUGAUCGAGCUGAUGGAAACGGUAACCCUCAGUCGGCAGCUCAUUCCGGCCUGUUUGGCCAACCGGGCGACGGAAAAUCUGUACGGCAAUUUGCUGCGAACCGGAUACGCCGGAAGUCAAUUCGCUCAAUUCUUCGAGAGUUCCGAGAACAGAAUCAUGUCCUUCAAAGAGUGCAUCGACACCAUGGACCGGAACACCCUGCUUGCGGUUCCACCAUUUCAACUGUGUAUCGAGCUUCUGGAACCACAGGAUGAACCGGAUUCACAGGAAGCCGAAGAUGGAUACUCCGGACUAGGAAGUCUGCUGCAGACCGUUAACAGCCGCAGUUGCAUGUCGACGAUCCUUGGGAUUGAGAAUCAGCAGCAUGACAAACCAACCGGAAGUUUGGUGGUUUACUCGCGAAUAGCGGCUGUGGUCGACUGGAUUGAGGACAUUGUGUGGGGCAAUCGCAGUGAUUGGGCUGUCAAUGAUAAAACUGUCAUACGAGCAACUAGUCCUCAGCCGGAGACGGAGCGGGACACGACGGAAAUGGUGCAAGGGACAACUUAUUUUGAGACAACUUUACCGGAUUCUGAUGAUAGUGAACUUGAACAUUCAACGAAUUUGUACGAUAAUUUUACCCUGACGAGUGGUGCUAAAUCUUUUUCUCAUUUCAAUGUUCUAGUUCAAACGUUGACAAUGUUAUUAAUAGCCUUCAUAUGUCUGUGA